UGUUUUGGCGGAAGUUGGCAGUAAAAUCAUGGCCGCGUCCUCGUACAAGCGGUGAUGUUUUUUUUAAGAAAUAAAUAAACAGUUGUUAUUUUGAAGCGCCCGUAAUCGGGUCACACAAAGUGACUGUUAGGUAUUAAUAUAGUUUAUUUAAAAUUUAACAUAAUAAUGUUCUUCGUAAAGGCUGCGGCCCACGGGCUGACGGGAGCCUGCAGAGCUCACGGUCACCAGCAAGUUCCUUUGCAGAGCUUUUUGAAAGUCCUCACUGCUGGAAUCAAGACGUUUACUAUUCCUCCUAACUUCAGUGAUGUGGUGCUGCCAGAAAAACCCAAGCUGAAGUUUCUGGAAAAGGUGCCUAACUUAAAAAAGGCCAAAAAAGAGCCGAGGAAGCUGCGAGAUAUCCAAGGCCCAUCAAAGGCUGCAACUUCCUUCCUGAAUGGACAGUUCGGCAUUCUAGCCAUGGGUGGGGGCUACUUGCGUUGGGGUCAUCUCGAGAUGAUACGUCUGACUAUUAAUCGCAAGAUGGAUCCCCGAACGACAUUCGCCCGGUGGCGCAUUAAUGCCCCAUAUAAGCCCAUCACAAGUAAAAGUCUGGGUCAUCGCAUGGGUGGGGGUAAAGGAGACAUUGAAUACUACGUGACCCCAGUUCGUGCCGGACGUUUGAUUGUGGAGUUGGGAGGAAAGAUUGAUCUGGGCGAGAUUGAACAAUUCUUAACUGAAGUGGCUAAGAAGCUGCCUUUCCCUGCCAAGGUGGUGAGCAGAGAGAGUCUUGCAGAAAUGCAUAGGUUGCGUCAGGAGAUGGAGCAAAAUAACCAGAACCCCUGGACCUUUAAGAAGGUAGUUCAGGGCAACAUGAUGGGUAUCAGGAGGGUUCUCAGUCCCUUGGACCUGCGCGACCAUGGACGCCAUUCAGGCAAAUUUUUCUUCCCGUGGAGGUUGUGACAGACCUGAGGGACAGUUGUUGAUGCAGUCCUCCGACAUCUGGAUCACAUGAGUGAAGAUAUUUAAAUUUUCAGUCAAAUACGGGAUUUUUUUUGUCUUCUCCUUAUUUGUUACAGUGUCACAUUUUACUGAAACAAACUUGCUCCUGUGAAAUAAACUUUAUUUCAUAUGUCAA